ACACCUCAGCUCCCAGCAGGCUGUUUAUCAUCUCUGCAGUUCUUUACUAAAUGAUUCUAGAUUCUUUUAAAAGCACGUACUGAAAAACACACAACCAUGGCAUCAGCACGGGCUAUGGGUGAGGAAGAACGGAGGCGUCUGAGUUCACUCUUUCAUGCCUACGAUGUGGAUAAUUCAGGACGGAUUGAAAAAAAUGAGUUUUUCACAAUCUGCCAGGAGCUCCAUGUCUCAUCGAAAGAGGCAGACGGUAUAUUCGACCGUCUAGACAUCGACAAAGACGGCACCGUGACCUUAGAGGAGUUCAUCAGCGGCUUCAAUGGACAACACCGGGAGGAGGAGGAGGAAGAUGAGAUUGAACAAGAAGUUGAAAAGAAAAAAUUUCCAAGCAAGAAAGAAACCGUUAUCUCCAGCCGGGGACAGUCCUCCAUCAGAGGCAUGAGCGCAGAGGAGCAGGACCGGUUGCGCGCGCUGUUCCGUACCUACGACGUGGACAACUCCGGGAAGAUCGAGAAGAACGAGUUCCUCACCAUCUGCGGGGAGCUGCAGGUGUCUGCGGUGGAGGCGGAGAAGAUCUUCAACCGGCUGGACGUGGACGGAGACGGCACCGUCACCCUCACGGAGUUCAUCAGCGGCUUCCACGAGCGUUACGCAGAGGACAUGGACGGAGGAGAGGUGUCCGCGGCCUGGGAGGACUUUGAGAUGAGGCUGGCAGACCAGGCCAAGUUCAUCCCCAGGAACAAUCAGGCUGCGAUGUUGUACCAGAACAUCAGCCUGACUGAGCCCAGACUCAUAGCUCAGUUUGAGAAAGUCAUCAUGAACUUCACCAAAGAGAUCAGACAGCAGAACUCGGAGAUGGAGAACCUCGCCCUCGCCAUCAAACGAGCUCAGGACCAGGCAUCAAUGCAGCUCAGUGAGAUGGAGGAAGAGAUGGAUCAACGCAUUCAUGCUGCUGAAAGAAAAACACGGGAGCAGGAGAAGAAGCGGACAGAAGCCGCAUUGAGUGAAUUACGGAGGUCUUAUGAAACAGAAGUGUGUGAGCUGCAGUGCAAGAUCCAGAGGAUGCAGAUGAUAGAAGAGAAGUACAAGAACAUCACGGUAAAUGAUGAGAGCCCAGCGUUGAAGAAGAAGAUUAAUGAGUUAAUGCUGGAAAACCAGCGGCUAAAGCAGGAGCUGCUGAAAUCUCAGACCAAUGUGGCCUGUUUGCAGAGUGACAUGGACUCGCUGAAGACGGAGCUGACGGAUCAAAGCAUCAACUCUGAACGUGACGAGGAGCUCAUGAAACAAUUCUCUGAUGAGCGAGAUAUCCUGGAGAGUCAGAUCGAGAUGCUGCAAACAGCCAACAGGAAACUCCAUGACAGCAACGAUGGCCUGAGGGCUACUCUGGAGAAAAUCACAAGGUCUGGUGUCAGUGCAUCACCUGGAGACCUAAAGAACAGAAACAGAAGUAAAAGUAUCUGCUACUCAUCGCCACAAACAAUAAUAGACAGGUUCUAUCAGCGAAUGGAUGAUAUCCCUGUGUACAGCCGUCGGCCCAGCUGCGACACUCUGGCCUUGGCCAUGUGUGACCCAGGUCUGAGACGCCGAGACAGCAGUGAGUGUGAGGAGGACAGUCUGCCCGAGGUCUACAUGGAUAGUGGCCUGUCCACGCUCAGAGGAUCCCACGGAGGCUAUGACUCAGAGUUCGACACCAAAUGUCCAGAAGAAGAAGAAGAGGAGGAGGAGGAGGUAGAAGAGAGGCAGAAGAAGAAACAACUGAAUGGCACAGAGGCUGCAGAGACACAUGAUACUGAAUCAGCGUUUGGGUCGGACAGCAGCUCAGUAUUGGACUGGAAACCAUCUGAACCCAUCCCUGUGACCCCUCCAGCACCAACAACGCGAAAAGCCCUUAGUGCCAUCAGCGUUCGAAAGGACGAGCGUGACAGGUCAGGCCUCGACUACAUGGCGUCGGAGAAGACCUACAGGAUCGUACUGGCUGGAGACGCCGCUGUGGGCAAGUCCAGCUUCAUGCUUCGCCUCUGCAAGAAUGAAUUCAAGUCAAACUCCAGCGCUACUCUGGGUGUGGAUUUUCAGAUGAAGACAUUAAUUGUGGAUGGAGAACCUGCUUUACUACAAAUAUGGGACACGGCAGGACAAGAAAGGUUUCGCAGCAUCGCAAAGUCUUAUUUCCGACGUGCGGAUGGUGUGUUGCUGCUGUAUGAUGUCACCUGUCAGAAGAGCUUCCUAAAUGUCAGAGAGUGGGUGGACAUGAUUGAGGAAGUGUCUCAGGAGAACAUCCCCAUGAUGCUUGUAGGUAAUAAAAGCGACCUUAGAAAAGAUGGUGUCAACUGUGUUCCCACCAGCUAUGGAGAAAAACUAUCUAUGACAUACAGCACUCUGUUCUGUGAAACUAGCGCAAAGGAUGGUUCUAACGUAUUAGAAGCUGUGCUGCAUCUGGCCAGGCAGGUCAUAAAUCGGGCCUCUUAUUCUGAAAAACCUCAUCAUCAGAUUUUUCCCAGGUUAGAGGCUCCCAGGAAGAAACCAAACUUCUCCUGCUGCACUUGAUCAGACAAAUCAGAGCUGGACUUCCACAUCUGCUAAAAAGAAUUCAAGAGCAGAAAGACUGAUCAGAACAAAUCGUCAACAUGAAUAACCAGAUAAUACAGCAAUAGAUUCAUCAAAAGUGAGUUGGAACGACAUGAGUAUCUUAAGAAGAUUGAACACCUUUUUCCAAAAUUCUAAGCUCACUUUUUCGUACCAGGAGUUUUUAUUCAAGGUUAUUGCGAAAGGUUUCUGUGACGUCAUGUUUUUUCUGUCAAUCAAUGUCAGUGUAACCUUGUGUUAACUUUUACUCCAAUUAUUACACUUUUUCUCCCAUUGAAUGAGAGGAGAAGACAGAGAUGGAAGUGAAGCAACGUGUAAAAAGGACUUGAAGGUGAAGUUAAGUAGCAUUUGAGAGCUGACAGAUGAGUAGAAGGACAGAGAGAUAUUUUAGUACUUUGUUAUUACAACGAGAACAGGAGGCUUUUAUUUGCUUUUGGUCCUAAGAGUAGAGUAAGACUUCUGAGCUCAGUUAGUCUAAGUGUUUCUGUGAAAUGACCUGUGGCUGAAGGAAACAAUGAAACAUAGAAGCUAAGGAUUAUGGGAAAACUCUGUGCAAUAGCAUUAUACAGUACCACAACCUGACAUCUUUACGACCUUACAGUGUUACAUUUACAUUUUCAUUUGACUUCUAGUGAAGGGCUUUGUGUUGAACGUACAGCGGAACGUUUUCCCUCUGAAUGAAACCGUUAAAGAACUGCUGCCAACAGACGAUUUUAUUUUGUCGUUUGUUAAUGAAACUGAGGGAGAAACAAAAGAGAGGUGGCCGGGAGAAGAGCUCUUAUCUUUUACUUUAGUCAAUAGUAAGGCUUUGUGUUGCUUUUUAUUAUGUGCUAACAGUAAUGAUGCCAAAUUAUCAAAUAUAACGUACUGAAAAGCAAGUAUGUUUUAACAAAAUGAAAGUCAGACGUUUGACAUCUCACUCAUUCUCACUCUUUCCAGUAGUUUUUGAAACUGAAGGCUAUAUUUUUCUGGUAUUAAAUCACACACUUACCUUAAACCUGCAUCAUGUUUGUACAUAUUGCUAAGUGCAACACUGGAUAUCUGCGAAGAUUAUCUAGAAAUGUGUGCUGUUAUCAUUAUUUCUGCAUUUUGUUGCCUUUUGCCUCUUUUUACUCUGAAUAUGGGACCUUGGCACAGCUCUAAAUACUUUUGCCUGUAAGUCAUCAAUGCUUGCACUUGAUGUUGAAACAUGAUAAACCUAUUUAAUCAUGUGUUCAGACCCCAUAUGGGUCACAGUCUUUCUUGAUGGAUCCUGUACGGCCAGCGCACUAAUACAUCAAUGUACAGCUGAUGUUUGAGUGUGAAAGUCCAGACGGCAAAACAAGAAGGACAAUGAGAUGUUUAACUGUGAAGUCACUACUUUCUCAAUAAAAGUGUAUUGUUAAUAUUACUGUAUGUACUGUGAACGUACCGAUCUGUCUGUCUAGUAUUUAUGUAUCUGUGUGUCGUGUGCACAUGCAAGCUGCACCCCCAAUAAAACAGAGUCACAAAGGCGGAGACAAAUCAAUAAAUCUGAUAAUUUCCCCUUGGUUGGUGCUCUAAAAGACCCUCCUGUUAACCAUACUCCCCAAGCGUCUGCAAGUGUCUCUGAGCAUAGCUGUUUGAAUAACUGCAACAUAUGUUUGGGAUUUUGUGUGUGCGUGCGUGCAUGUGUGUGUGUGUGUGUGUGUGUGUGUGUGUGUGUGUUUAAUGCUGGCACGGGUCCCUGUCUCCACCU